AAGAGAGCUCCAAGUAUUGGAAGGGAGAGUAAAAUAGUCUCGACAUGUUCAUGUUCACUGGGAUACAGAGCGAGCGACUCUUUACCAACGCUAUUUUCAUCCGUCUGUAAAGUGCUGGCCCAGAUUCUACACGACCGUCAAUCCGUGGUCAUUGGAAGAGCCACUUCCUCGAGCACUUUGAUGAGAAUUUUUUACCGUCUCGGUAUCCUUUACUGAGAUUUUCACAAACUGGUGUUGGUGGUGUCGAUUAAAAUGUGACUUUAUUCAUGCUCAAGUGGUUAUUCCCAACUCAAUCCAAUCUGAUCCCGUAUCAAUGAUAUUGAGUUUCCUGGUGAGUGCAUCCUCACAUACAUGGAGUUUCAGCUGGACAGCGCCGAGUACUGCCAGGCUCAACACAAAUAGAGAGAGACAAGACAAAUUGAAACAAUCUAGUAUUCAUCGAUACAGAACGAUAGAUUAUUCAGCUAGUCAUCAGGAAAACUCAUUAGCGAAGAAUUUUUAAUCAACAUUACCAUGUUCAGGCAUCGUAGUCAUUGAGUGCAUCUUGGUGGGGAUUACCCAGCGCCAAAUAGAUAAUCUUCCGAAAAAAAGGCAUAUCACGCAUCUUUCGCGGCUGAAUCAACUUCUAGCGAGAUUCUCUGUGUAAAAAGGUCAUUACCCUCUGUCCUGGGGAGGAUAAUAGUGAAAUGAAGAACCUCACAAUAAGACUGACACCUAUGGGCUAAAUCUUCACUGGAAAUUCAGUUGUAUUUCUUAAUUAUUAGUUUUUCAUUUUCUCCUUGUUUUUUUUUUCUUCUUUUUGUAAUUUAUUUGGACUCGUAGCCUCGCACAGCUCGAAUUAACAAGAUAUGAGUUGUUGAUUUGAUUGGUUAUUGGAGAGAAGAGAGUUGAAAUUUAUUUAAAUCCCGUGCAAUUGUAUGAAGAUAUGAGCAACAUGCGGGUGAAGGAUAUCAGGCCGGCUCCAGCCGAAAUUGAAUACAAAAAUAUGAAAUUCCUCAUUACCGAUCGACCCAGUGAUCAAACUAUCCACGCUUUCAUCCAAGAAUUGAAGAAGCACAAUGUCAUGGAAGUGGUGAGAGUUUGCGAGCCGACGUAUAAAGUCGAGGAGCUCAAGUCCGAGGGAAUAAACGUUCUUGAUCUCGUCUUCGAUGAUGGAACAUUUCCACCCAACGAGGUGAUCGACGAAUGGUUUGAGCUACUGAAGAACAGAUUCCGGGAAACACCUGAGGCAUGUGUAGCAGUGCACUGUGUCGCUGGACUCGGCAGAGCCCCUGUCCUCGUCGCCCUUGCACUCAUUGAAUUAGGACUAAAAUACGAAGACGCUGUAGCCCUCAUCAGAGAGAAACGACGUGGCGCCAUAAACGCCAAACAAUUGGGCUAUUUGGAAAAAUAUCGUCCGAAAUCUCGAUUGAAGCUCAAGAACGGACAAAAAAAUUCGUGCUGCGUCCAGUAGAGUGAAUGGAGAAUUUCUUAGUUAUGAUUUUUUUUUCUUUCAUUUUCGUCAGUGCAACUUAUUGAUUUUUGUUUAUACCUUAUUUCACGAAUUUUCGCACGACUAUGACGAAAAGUGACAUAUUGUACCAAUUAUAUUAUAAAAAUAAUGGCCUAUCAGUGGAAAUGCAAGAGUGGGCUUUGCCGAAUUGUCAUUAAUGUUACUUCCCCUCCAAUCCUUUAAUUUAUGGAGUUAUUAAGGGUGAGGACUGCCUCCCACUAAUGAUUGACUGAAAUUUACAAUUGUACAUUACGUUUCCAAUGCGAUUUAUACAUUUCUUUUUAUACUCUACCAUCGGUGCCAUCGGUGGGCUAGGGGCCAAUCAUGUGUACCUAUGGUCCAAUAAUUUUUAGUACUGUGCGACCACAUUAUAUAUCAAUAUAUAUGUAUCGAUAUGCGUAUUCAAUUAUCCGUUUUGGUUUUUUAAAUUUGUAAAUUUCUUUUGGCAAUGGGCGAGUUGUGGGAAAUUUUUAUGGUCUUGCCGAGUUUGUUUCUUCAAUUUUUCUUAAGAUCCUGGGACAUUUAUCAGUUAAAUCACCCGAGGAGUGAAGGAGGACGAGGUAAAGUUAAAGUACAGUACUUUAUCGGGUGGAAUUUGACAAUAGACCAGUGGAGGAAAUUCACGCAAUUCGUCUCCGAUGGGACGUUUAUGAAGUUGAGUUCCUGCACUUGUAUCAUUUAAUGAGAAAAUUCAACGUUAAUUCAUUGACAUUCUGUUGAAUUAAUUAUGAAUUACUAUCGAAAUUCUGAUGCGUUGAAAUUAUUGAGAAUAGAUUUGAUAAGUGUAGACAGAAGAGUUGCAUAAUUUUGGAGGUUAACUUGGGCAAGAAAAAACUUGAACAAAAAAUUAUAAUAUAAAUAAAUAAAUUUUCCACAGGGUUUCAAUAGAAUUAAAUUGGGUAAAUGCUCGGUUUCUCAACUAAAUUUUUUCAUACCCGUGUCUUCAUUUCCGUGCAAUCAUCACCAAAAAUGACAUUUGAAAUAAUAUAUUACGUAGCUUCUAAGUAACAUUUGUUAAGAAAUUCUCAGGUGUAAAAUAGUAUUCGUGAGGUGUGCAUUCAUUGUCUCUGAUAUGAAAUUGAUAAAUGGAAAAUUUAAUUUGGCGCCAAGUUGCAUUUCCAGUGAUAGGCAGGAUUGAUGGAUGUACUUCUAUUAUUAUUCACGUGCGAAAAAAUUGAAUGGAAAAUAAAGGAUGAGUAGCCAAGUGGUAAAGUGAGACUAUUCCAAUGAAGAUCUCUUAAUUAUCAUAAAUAAAGAAGCAAGGCCUUUUGAUAUCUUUUGAUCUUAAAAUUAUAUGUUUUCAAAUUCGACUUUUUUCGCUUUACUACUUGACUGCUAUUAUAAUCCUUCGAUAGAGAAUGUAAAAACCAUGAGCUGAACCAUGGGAAAGCAUUUUCUGUUCAAUUCGCUCGUUCGUAUUGUGAGGCCUGACUUCUAAAUUAAUUCGAAUGAAAAGAACAGAAAUAUCUCAAUAUAAUGUGUGUAAUCUGCGAGGUGAUGCACUCCAAAGUUCUUUCAUUUUAAUCGUAGCGCAAUGGCAAUUUUAUGAGGACUCGCAUGUAAUUGAUGAAUAAAGGAACUCAAUUUUUUUCACUCCGUCGUCUCUAAUGAA